CCUAUCCAGAGCAGAACCGGAUGGAUCCCAAAAGCUAAAUUAAACCGGAAGAAACAAAACAACAGGGGAACGAAAAGCAAAGCAGCGCCUCCCAAAUCCUUGUGUCGCGCAGGCGCUCGCGCUGCCUGCCACGCCAGUACGCCACGCCACGCGCGCCUCAUCCGUGCCGAGGCGCCGGAGGAGGAGGACCCUGACGGCCAUGACGAGCGCCUCGGAGCUCUUCACCGCCCGCCGGGCCCGCGCGCCCCGCCUCUCCGUCGACCCAGACCCCGACCCGGAUCCGCACGCAGAGGCGCCCCAGCUGGACCCACACGGCGUCGGGGGCCGCCGCCGGCGCCGCGGGUGCCGCUCGCGCCGCCAGCUCGACGCCGCCGGGGACGUGAGGCAGCACCUCCACACCGGGCCCCCGCCCUCGCGCCGUCGCGGCUCCUACACGGACCGUAUCUUGUCAUACAUUGACAGUAGCAUCAUUGGGGAUUCUGCAGCUACAAGGAACCGACUCGACAGGCUGAUGUUCAGGACAAAUGAGCGGCUUCCGGGUGCUGUACUGCAAGCACAAGCACGUGUUCUAGAAAGGCUGAGAGGCGUUUCUAUCGGUUCAUCUGCUUCUAGGCCAUCCAUCACAUUAGAUGAAUUUUCAGCUACGGAUGUUUUCAGAAUCAUCGACUUUGGAAGCAGGGAAUCACCGCACGAAGCGAACUGGCCCAGCUCAUCAUCUGUCCAGCUGGGUAGCGGGUCAGAUGAAGAGAUCCAAACCAUCAGUUCAACUAGUUCCAACAGGUCACAUGGACUGAGCAAGGCGGCAUUCUUCCGGCUACAGAUAGAGAUUUUUGAGGCCAAGAAAGACGAUAACAGGGAGGCUUCGCCGGAAUGCUCGAUUUGCCUUGAUGGAUUCUACGACGGAGAUGAGCUGAUAAGGCUGCGCUGUGGGCACAGGUUCCACUCGACUUGCUUGGAGCCAUGGGUACGGAAAUGCGCAGACUGCCCAUACUGUCGAACAAACAUACGAUCACGGUCCUGAUGACAAACCCUCAGUUCCGAGUUACCACUUUGAGUAGGAGUAUAACCAGCCAGUAAGGUGUGUUGUAAUUCACUUUGGUGUGAAUGUCUGUUGCAAUGCUGCUGCUAAGGUAUCAUCUCAUCUGUUAAGUAAAGUCACAUAUCUGAAUAUCUUGUGCGGAUGGAGACUGAUAGUGCAUAGCAGGCCCUGUUGUCUGUACAUCUAUGAGAAUUUAGCAUGAGCGGGCCUAGUCUCCGUGCGGCACUACGGACUAGAAAAAAAUUAUACUAGUGUGUUGUUUAGAGAGAAUGUUGUACCAUCAUACUUCCAAAUAAUCCACGUACUUGCUCAAAAUGGUUUGUGCCAAAAGAACAUCUGAUGUGGUCGUCGUUACCAAUGGAGACCUUUACAUGUGUAAA